AUGAGUCGAUACCAAACAUUUUAUUUAAUUAUUAUUUUGUGUAUCGUUGUCGCUCGAUACGAAUGUGUAUAUGUAUACUCAAGUUUUUGGGCGCCACUGUUCAAUCCGAGGAUUUUAAACUACAAGGUUGACUCCACUUUUGAUCCAGAAGCAGGGAAGAAAUAUAGGGAAAGCUAUGUGAAAAAUUAUGGAGUUAGAGGGGAAAAACUGAUUGUCGAUUUGGGGAACGGCAAAGGUCCUAGUGAUGUGCCCUUAGAUAAGGAUAUUGGUGCAGUGAAGUUCUACUUCACAUAUCCGGGGGCGCAACAAGACAAUGCUGUUAAUAAUCAUGACCACUAA